CAGGUCUUGUGGAGUACUGAGUACAUUUGGCACCUCCUGAGCUUUUUGGCUUGGGAUUUUCUUGAUUCCCAAUUUGCUUGGAGUCGGCAAUCCUCGGUUUCUUAGUGAUCGAAGAGCAUAUCGAGCCACCAAUUUCGCUUCCCCAUGUUGGCCCCCGGGCUUUGGCGUCCCCAGUCCCUGAUCCCCGGGUCCAGCACCGCGACAUUCAGCAAAUCAGCGCCGUGCCAGCGGAGGCUCUUACCUGUCAAGCAUUUGCCAAGCUCGAAUUGUUCCCGUCAUGAUUGUGCCGAUCGUCAAGCAUGGACCGGGGAGCCAGAAAAAGAAAUGUCAGGACCAGUUCACCGGUUGUUCAAAUUGCGAACAGCCCCGCCUCUGGACCUCAACUUGAUUGGCGCAAUUUCAUCGACCAGAAAGCACGGUUGUUUGAUCAUCUAUCCCAUCUUCCUUCUCCAAUUGCUCCUGGGUCUGUUUUCGCAUUUGUUCUCAUUUCAUCCUACCAUGGUGUAAACGCAACCACCGCAAUCGAAUCCAGCGCCUCAACGACCUCGAUGGCACCCACCAUCACCGAGAGGGCAGCGUUUUUGGCCCGCCUUUACUUCGGAGUCACCGUCCCACUCCUGGCACUUGCUUUGGUUCCCUUUUGUGCAAGAAUAUAUGUGCGAAUAUGGCCGGUCUGGAGACUGGGAUGGGAUGAUGCCUUCAUUAUCGCUGGGGUGGCCUGCUCCAUUAUCGACUGGGGCCUCCUCAUCCCAGAGAUGCAUAUACACCCGGGAGACAUCAGCAUGGACGAAGUUCGAGAAGCUGUCUUUGUGGCAUAUUUUGCCAUUCCGAUUUGGGCUAUCAGCAUGACUUUGAUAAAGACGUCCAUUGUCUUGACUUUGUUGCGAUUACCUCUGAAAAAGCCAUGGAGGAUAGGCCUAUACGUGAUCGCUGCCGUUCAAGUCACCUACUGCGUGGCCGACAUGCAGUAUCUCUUCUUCAAAUGUCGACCAUUCCAUGCUGCCUGGGAUAUCAUGGUCCCUCUGCGCGAGCGAAAAUGCCCCAGCCUCCAUACAGACAUUGUAGUCUCCAGCAUCGGCUCCGCAAUCAACAUUACCACCGACCUGUUGCUUUCUGUUGCCCCGAUGUUCAUCCUUUGGAACCUACGCCGUCCGCUGAGGGAGAGGGUCGUGAUAUGCAUCCUGACAGGGAUGGGCUUAUUCGCCAGCGUCGCGUCGAUCAUGAAGGCCGUGGUCGUUGCUGAUUGGAGGAACGUGGAUGAUCAGUGGGAGAUGGCCAUGUCGAUUGCUACCUGGACCAUUCUCGAGCAGCUCAUCUCGCUUUUUGCUGCAUGCUGCCCUUCGCUGAAAGGCCCGAUCCAGGCCUUGCUGAGCAAAUGCGGUGUCAGUCUGACCAGACAGAAUACAAAUGUGUCUUUUGUGCACAUUCCAUCGAGGAUGAGAGAGAACCAGCUGAGGAGGGAGGCCAGAGAGUGGUUGGGUGAGGAAGACUUACAACCUUCACGUCAAGGCCCAUCUGAACUUAUCGCUGUCGUCGACGAAGAAAGCGAACGGUCAAAGAACAACUCUUCGUUGGUGUUGCCUCCUCUUCCGGGUUCAAAGACCCUGAUACCUCAGUUUUUGUUGCGCCGCCAGAAGCAUGGAGCCUGA